UCUAUUUUUUUUUUUUACCAGACCGUGCUGUAUCUUUCUCUUUCUAUGAGACAUUCAGAAUCUCUACAAUGUACUGUUUCUCCGCAGUGAUUUCAAUGAAUUACCUUAAUCUAUGUGGGUCAUUUACAUCCGAUAUUUUACCGUGUCUCUGCUAAACAGUCCCCGGUGUGCCACCUCUCUCGGAAGGCAGCAUCGCGUUGGAUUUUAACAGGGGUAGAACGGAGUUUGAUUUUUAACCUUGUGUGGCACAUACAUUUUUUACCGAACCCCAGGAAGUCGGGGCAGCAGGACAGAAGCCGAACUACCGCAAAGGCAAACCAAUAAGGGAGAAAUGGAAAGGAGGGAGUAGUUACAUCCGAAGACAGUUUAGGAGAAACAACUACAUUUUGUUUCUUGUCUAAAGGAUAUUAUUUAAAGAACAGCAAAAAAAAUAAAAAAAUAAAGUGAGAUUAUAAAUGCCCUCAUGGCAUUGGGGAAUGCCAUGAUCGUUGAUCUGGCUGGUGGGUGUGCUGUCCAUCAUUGUUUAAUUACAGCCUGAGGGCAGGCUUUACCUUGGAAGUGGGAGAAGGGAGGAGUGGAGGACUGUGAAUUCAACCAACUCUGCCAACUGCAGCUGGACCAUGUUACGGCUUGGAAGAACCCCGUGGAUACCUCUAAUCAUGGUGCAUCCACUGGCCACCCUUCGCUUUUUUACAUGGAUUGUGCUUGCAGCUGCUUGGCUAGCCAUAGCACAGGCACAGCAGCACCCUAUUGUCACAACAAACUAUGGCAAACUGAGAGGCUUGAAAACAGCUCUUCCCAAUGAGAUACUUGGGCCUGUGGAACAGUAUCUGGGGAUUCCCUAUGCCCUUCCACCCACAAGGGAGAGAAGGUUUCAGCCCCCUGAGCCCCCCAUGUCAUGGCCAGGGAUUCGAAAUGCCACACAAUUUGCUCCGGUUUGUCCUCAGUUUCUGGAAGACCGGUUUUUACUCAAUGAUAUGUUACCCGUAUGGUUCACGGCCAACUUGGAUACCGUGGUUACCUACGUACAAGAUCAAAGUGAAGACUGCCUGUUCCUAAACAUUUAUGUACCCACCGAGGAUGUAGGAGCCAAAACAGUCAAAGGCGAUGAUUUCACCAAUAAUGAGGGUGGCGAACAUAAAGACAUCCAUGAUGAAAACGGGCUGAGGCCUGUUAUGGUAUACAUCCACGGCGGGUCCUACAUGGAAGGUACAGGCAACAUGAUUGACGGCAGCAUUCUGGCCAGCUACGGAAACGUCAUUGUGGUGACCCUGAACUACAGGCUGGGGGUGCUGGGAUUCCUGAGCACAGGUGACCAGGCAGCCAAAGGAAAUUAUGGGCUGUUGGACCAGAUCCAAGCACUCCGGUGGAUCAAAGAGAACAUCCAGGCUUUCAAAGGUGACCCGAAGAGGGUGACUAUAUUUGGUUCAGGAGCUGGGGCAUCCUGCGUAAGCUUGCUGACCCUGUCACACUAUUCAGAAGAUUUGUUUCAGAAAGCCAUCAUCCAGAGUGGGACUGCUUUGUCAAGCUGGGCUGUCAAUUACCAGCCAGCCAAAUACACACGCAUACUAGCUGAGAAGGUGGGCUGCAAUAUGCUUGAUACUAUAGAUCUGGUGGAAUGUCUACAGAACAAAAAUUAUAAAGAGCUAAUUGAGCAGUACAUCACACAGGCCAAGUACCACAUUGCCUUUGGGCCAGUUAUUGAUGGGGACGUCAUCCCUGAUGACCCACAAAUUCUGAUGGAACAGGGAGAGUUCCUCAACUAUGACAUCAUGCUGGGCGUCAACCAGGGUGAGGGUUUUAAAUUUGUAGAUGGCAUUGUGGACAGUGAGGAUGGUGUCUCUGCAAAUGACUUUGACUUCGCUGUGUCUGAUUUUGUGGACCACCUUUAUGGAUAUCCAGAGGGAAAGGAUACACUUCGAGAGACCAUCAAGUUCAUGUAUACCGACUGGGCUGACAAGGAGAACCCGGAGACGAGGCGAAAGACUUUAGUUGCACUUUUUACUGAUCACCAGUGGGUGGCACCAGCAGUAGCUACAGCGGAUCUGCAUGCGCAAUACGGAUCUCCAACUUACUUCUACGCUUUCUACCACCAUUGUCAGAGUGAAAUGAAACCUAGUUGGGCGGAUUCAGCACAUGGAGACGAGGUGCCUUAUGUGUUUGGGAUUCCCAUGAUUGGCCCCACUGAUCUCUUUAACUGCAAUUUCUCCAAGAAUGAUGUCAUGCUUUCUGCAGUGGUAAUGACUUAUUGGACGAAUUUCGCUAAAACAGGGGAUCCGAAUCAACCAGUUCCACAGGACACCAAGUUCAUCCACACGAAGCCUAACCGCUUUGAGGAAGUGGCCUGGUCGAAAUACAACCCCAAAGACCAGCUCUACUUACACAUUGGGCUGAAGCCAAGGGUGAGAGAUCAUUAUCGUGCGACUAAGGUUGCCUUUUGGUUGGAGCUAGUACCUCAUCUUCAUAACAUCAAUGAACUAUUUCAAUAUGUCUCAACCACGACUAAGAUACCUCCUCAGGAUACCACUCCAUUCCCUUACACUAAGAGACUUGGUAAAACAUGGCCAUCCACCACACGUCAUCCUGGAGUUCCUCCUGCCAACACCAAACAAACAACAGACCAGCGCAAAGGAAACGAUCAGGGAGAUGACUCAGCAGUGGUGAUUGAGACAAAGCGAGAUUACUCCACCGAGCUCAGUGUGACCAUCGCAGUGGGUGCCUCCCUCCUCUUCCUCAACAUUCUGGCCUUUGCUGCCCUCUACUACAAAAAGGAUAAGCGUCGUCAUGAGUCCAACCGACGAGGGCCCAGUCCACAGCGGAACUCUGCACCGGCUAAUGCAGCAGCUAACGCUAAUGACAUAGCACAUCUGCAGAGUGAGGAGCUGAUGUCACUCCAAAUGAAACAGCAGCAAAUGGAGCAUGAGCACCAUCAUGAGUGUGAUUCUCUUCAAGCUCAUGAUACACUUCGUCUUACCUGCCCAGCGGAUUAUACGCUCACUCUACGACGUUCACCUGAUGACAUCCCGCUUAUGACGCCAAGUACCAUAACAAUGAUUCCUAACUCACUGGCCGGAAUGCAGCCCCUGCACAAUUUUAACACAUUUGGCGGUAGUCAGAACAGUACCAACCUGCCUCAUGGUCACUCCACCACCAGGGUAUAGCUUUGUGCAGUGGACUUUAGGACAUGGUCUGCAAAGGCACAGGGUUAAGGAACUUUUUAUGUCAUGGCGAAUUGUGCUGACUUUGUUCCACAUUGAGACUUAUCUUAGUGGAUGAGAUUUAUUUGUUAUUUUCCUAUGAAGCCUUCUUGCAGAAUAUCAAAGUCAAAUAUGACCUACUUGGAAAAAAAAGAAAAAAAGAAUGUUACUAAAGUAAUGCUUUAUUUGGAGCCAAGCUUGUUAAGGGCAGGGGACUUUACACCAAAAGACAAGAAGAACUUUUUUUCUGAGGGACUAUUUUGCUUGCAUAGACAACAUGUUCACAAACUACAGAGAGUGUUAUAAAGGAUAUGAUAAAGCUUUGUAUGUGCCAUACCUUAUGUCAUAUACCAAGAGCAACAGAGUGCAAUGUUAUUAUGUGAGAACUGCAUUUCAGACAAACACUUUAAUAUUAUUUUGAGUGUUGUCAAAUACCAAACAUGUGGACUGAAUUCCCAGCCUGAAAUGUAAUUAUAAAAAAAAAUUGUAAAGAUGAAAAUGUUUUAAAUACUUGUGUCAAAUACAAAUAUUAAUUAAAAAGCUUUUAUUGUUGUUUGGUUCAAAAUAUGACUAUUACUGAGCUAACGCUUUCAUUAAGGUUCAUGUAAAUAUACCAAUCAUUAUCAUUUCUUUUUCUUUUUGAAAUCCUGUGCUAAGCAGUUUUACACAUGAAAAAUAAAUUAAGGAAGAGGCAUUCUUAUUCCAAAUCCUCUAAAUAUAUAUUUCAAUCAUCUGAGUGUUCCUUUGUCCCAAUGUUUGAAAGAUAUUGCAUGUUUGAUUGCUGCUUUACAUUUGAUGACCCAAUACAGUGACCCCACUCAGAUCUUAAAAAUGAAAGAUUGCUACCAAUUACAUUACAGUGCUGGGUGAAUCUGUUCAGCAUUAUGCCUAAUGUUGGGGUUUGGAUGGAGAAGUGUGGUCACAAAUCAGAGCAACUUCUACCCACAACCAACUCACUUUACCUGCUCAAACCUGCUCAAACCACUCAAAGACUUUUUUGUUUUAAUCUGAAUCAUCACUGCCUGAGCUUCAUAUGUGACCAGCAUUGUAUAAUUAAAAAUAUCUAUAAAUAACACAGGCAGUGGAUUUGGGUAUCUAUAUUAGUUGGAUAUGUUUGUAAAAAAAAAGUAUAUGUUAGAUAUUUCUAUUCGUAACAUGCUAGCAAUAUGUAAAGUAUUGUGCCAGGCUUGUGAUAUUUUGGAUAUAAGUGAAUGAGUGUAAAUAAAAUAACUAUAAUUACUAUAAAUUAAUAUAAACAAACAAAAAAUACCCCUGAUAUUUUUUAGUUCUGCAUACUAUAACAAAAGAUGUUGAAAGUGCAAGAAAUGAUUUAAAAAAAUAAAUACACUGAAGUUUAUAAAGUUACAUUUGUAUAUUAAAUAAGCCAUUUUUAGCCCUUGGUUCUUUAACUGUCAGUACCAUAAAGGUACAAUGUAGGAUUCUAAAUAAUAGUUUGUCUUAAAUUGUUUGCAGUUUUUGCCUUAAGUAAUAGAUGAUAUUUCUGGCUGGACACCUGUAAAAAAAAACAAAAAAAAAAAAUUCUGCCGCAUUUCUAAUAAAAUACCACAUUAUUUUCUAAAA